AUGGCUAUUCUCAGAGUUGCAAACUCAAAAAAAACUCUAUAUGGCCUCAAACAAGCUAGCCGUAAAUGGUAUGAAAAGCUUUCUGAUCUACUUAUUUCAUUUAGUUACAAACAAUCACAUGCAAAUCAUAGUUUAUUUAUCAAACACGAUGGAGAUAAAUUUACAGCUUUGUUAAUCUACGUGGAUGACAUUGUUUUAACUGGGAACUUUGCUGCUGAAAUGGCCCAAAUCAAAUAUGUUCUUCAUUCGAAUUUUCGAGUUAAAGAUUUAGGAGCAUUGAAAUACUUUCUGGGCUUAGAAAUAAAUCACUUUGCUGAUGGCAUGUAUGUAUCACAACGUAAAUACUGUCUUAAGUUGCUUGCUGAUUCUGGAAUGUUGGGUUGCAAACCUUGUUCAAUGCCUAUGGAUAGUUCAUUGUGGCUGUGUCAAAAUGAUUCUAGUGAUCUUCUUGAUGAACCUUUAUCCUAUAUGCGUCUUGUUGGUCGUCUAAUUUACCUCACCACAACCUGUCCUGACAUUGUUUGUGCAACCCAACAACUCAGCCAAUUUAUGGCUCAUCCCACAAAGUCUCAUCUAAGUGCUACAAGGAGAGUCUUAAGAUACCUGAAGGGUUUUCCAAGCAAAGGUCUUCAAUUCAAAAGGGACACUCUUAUACAUUUAAUUGGCUUCAGCAAUGCAGAUUGGGGGACUUGUGUUGACACGCGCAGAUCAAGCACAGGUUAUUGCUUCUUCAUUGGGAACUCUCUAGUGUCAUGGAAAACAAAAAAGCAAAGUACAGUGUCUCGUUCGUCUUCAGAAGCGGAGUAUCGUGCUCUUGCUACAAGUACAUGUGAACUAUAG